AAACAAACGUACGUCGCAGGCUUGUCAUUUCGUAAACAGUAAACUUCAGUAACAUCAUUUGACAACAUUCGGAUCAUGUCACCAUUUGGAUAACCCGGUCAAAAUUUAUGUAACAAUUUGCCAUCAUGUUACCUAAUAAGUCCCGUUAUUCACACACAUAGCAAAAACAAAUUAACAAAAUGAUCGCGGCAACUUACAACUGCGGCUGUCCAGCAAAGCUAUCCUCCCUGAUUCCUGACCCAGUCGAAUUGCAAGCAUUUUGUUCACCUUGCUGCUUUCAAUCACAGCGAUCUAGGCGAGUUGCAAAUACAAGCAUAAUGUUGCACGCAGUAUAGAAUUAAAUAUAAAGAAAUCAAAAUACAUCCAUCCAAAGGCGUAGUUUGUUGCUGCAUCAAUCGUAAAAGUUUUCUCCAUAUUCCACCAUAUUCAGAGAAUAUUUCUUCUGUACACUUAUCAUCAGCCCGUUCACAAUACUCUCAUUGUUACGCUGUGGAUACAGUUAAGAUGUAUUCGAUUUCUUUACACAGGCCGGUAAACGCUGCAGUGAUUUCUAGAUCGAAAGAGAGCAUGAGCAAGCAGUUUCCGCAGAGGAGCAGAAACGAAAAGAAAUUGAAGAACCUUGAAACGUCUAACACGGAACAAGCUCCGACUGACAGGGUCAUUUCUGAAAUCGUUAGAAAGGAGCAGCCGUACAAGGAGAUCGAAGCUAUCAUCAAUGACAAUCGUGUCAUCGUCAGAGUGCAGAAGGAGCCAGUCAAAGAAGAGUACGAUCCCCCAUGCGAAUGCAUUGGUCAAGUAGCUUCAAAGGAGCUGAGCCAAAGAAAGUGCGACGACGGUUUCGUGUUCGAUAUGGCUCACGGAAAUUUAGAACUCGGUCGUACUCCUCGAGAGGAUGCGCCGUCGACGAAGAAAACCUGCGAGGAGGCGGGAUGUCGCACGGUCACGUUGUAUCCAAACAUAAAAGAUAAUGCGAAAAAUGUUCGUAUGGAGAGCAGGGAAGUUAGAAGGUCAAAGACAAGGCCAAUUGAUCUCGAGGAAAAUCCGAACAUAUUCUUAUUGAGGAUUAGGAAGCACUGUGAUAGUGGUGAUAAGAGACAGACAAUCGAUCUUGAGUUUCGGGCACCGCGUCCAUGGCUACCAAAGAAGAAGGAGAAGAAGGAGGAUCUACUUGAACCUGAGAUAUUAAAGGAACAUGAAGAUACUGACAAGGAAUACGAAACGGAUAAGAAAUAUGAAGAUGACAAGGAAUAUAAACAUGAUGAACAUGAAGAUGACAUAGACGGAAAAAUUGAUGCUCAAGAGAAGAAUGAUUAACUGAAAAUAUAAAUUCCGCUAGAAAAUAUCAAAAUAUUUUUGAAUAUCUUCUAAAUAUUUCUCAACUUGAUUUAAUAUUUUCCAUCAUUUGAGCAAUAUUAUGCGUAUUAUAUCAUUAAUAUCUCUUUAUGCAACAUAUUAUAUUAUACAUUUAAAAUGACAUAUAAUAAGAAGUUCCCUUCAAUUUUAUUUCAUAAAUAAAAAAUGAAAAAAAUGAUAAAAGAAUUAAUAUUGUAAAAUAAAUAUUAUAGAAAAAGAAGAUCUAAUAAAUAUAUCUCUCUUUUGUUUUAAUAAAUAAUUUUCAGUUUUUAUUGUAUAAUAUUUGCAAAAUGCGCAAAUAAAUAAUUGGAUAAUUAUU